AAAAUGGUUGAGGCUAAUACAGAGGCGACCGGUGUUCUGGACAAGGGGAAUAGUUCAACAUCAAAAUUUGAUGGAAAUAGUGGCCAGAAACUAGCGUGUGGAAUUAUCACGAGAUCAUCAGGAGUCUUCGAAAAUACGAAAAGAAUUUGUGCCUGCGAUGAGACGACCCUGUGGGAUGAGCGAGAUGAGUCUCAACAAAAAGGUUCAUUCAAAAAUACUUUCAUAUAUCCAGUGUGUGGUAAUAAUCUUCAAAUUCGACCCAGAGUGGAUAGUGCACUUUUUGAAAACUACUAUAUAUUUAUUUCUGUAUGCAGGUCAUGUAAAAGUUAUAUCAUUCCAUAAUAUUCCUGAUAAAACAUUUUUAUAUUUCAGUUUUUACUUAUGAGGAGGGCUGAAGGUAUUUAUAACUCAAAUAAAAAUUCAAUAUAAACCCAUAAAUAAAUGU